GCUGAUUCCGGAACGGAACGGAAAGGACCGGAAGUGUCUUGCUGGAGUUUGUCGAAGUGCUAACGGCUACGCUAAUGCAUUACAGAGCGCAAAUUGAGUCGUUGACUGAAUGUGUCAUCUCCAUCCAGGACACAAAUUUACACAUUAUCGCCAUGUUACCGCAGCAUUGAAUCUUCUCCACGGCAAUAAAAGAAAACGACUACAUAUCCGUCUGCUUAUCCAAGCGGUGAAUCUAGGCAGAUUACAUUGAGGUUACUGUAACUGAUACCUCUUGGUGUGUCACUAAUAUAGUGUCAGUUGUGGUGGGUGUGAAUGACCGACGUGGUGCCUACCACCGCCCUCAGUGAAAUAAAGCUCCGCCUGCUCUGCCACGAUGACAUAGAGAGAAUAAAAGUGCUCUGUGGAGAGUGGUUUCCCAUUGAGUAUCCAGACUCAUGGUACCAUGACAUCACAUCAAAUAAGAAGUUCUUCUCUCUGGCUGCCACCUACAGAGGUGGAAUUGUGGGGAUGAUUGUGGCAGAAAUAAAAAGCAGAACGAAAGUGCACAAAGAGGAUGGAGACAUCUUGGCCUCCAGCUUUCCUGUUGACACUCAAGUUGCGUACAUCCUGAGUUUAGGAGUCGUGAAAGAGUUUCGAAAACAUGGAGUAGGCUCUUUGUUGCUGGACAGUUUAAAGGAGCACAUCUCCACCAUGGCACAGGACCAUUGUAAAGCCAUCUACCUGCAUGUGCUCACCACCAAUAACACUGCCAUUCACUUUUAUGAGAACAGAGACUUUAAACAGCACCACUAUUUACCGUAUUAUUACUCUAUACGAGGAGUGCUGAAGGAUGGCUUCACCUAUGUCCUUUACAUCAAUGGUGGACAUCCUCCAUGGACUAUCUUUGAUUAUAUUCAUCAUAUAGGUUCGGCACUGGCCAGUCUGAGCCCCUGCUCUAUUCCCCAGAGAAUUUACCGGCAAGCACAGAAUCUCCUGCGCAGCUUUCUGCCGUGGUCGGGCAUCUCUUCCAAGAGCGGCAUUGAGUACAGCAGAACCAUGUGAGGAUUGUGAGGUCAGAACAGUGCAGGGUGGAAGAGAUUGAUUUGUUUGGGUCACAUCAGAUGCCGGGGUUGCUGAAGACCGAUAUCUGCUCUCUCUGGUCUGGAGCGGUGUAUUAUACUUGUACAUUUUAUAUACAUACUUUAAUAUAUGCAUUGUCAUUAGUAGAUUGCCCUUUUAAUAUAAACUCUCCUCUUCAUGCCUGUAAUUCUGCUGCUGUGUAGAAAUAUUCUAUUGUUUCUCCAGAUUUUUAAUAUAAAUAGAUUUUUUUAUUUGUGCCUGUUCUAUAUAGAUGAUUUUAGGAUUUGAUGGUAGAGGAAUGCAUAAUUUUUCAUUUAGUCAUUUUCAUCCAUGUCAAGCUCUUGUGUUUUGUUUGUGCAGGAAACACUAAGCAUGUAUUUCAGCCCCCAGUUUUAAGUUUAAUUUUUUUUUUUUUAAAUAACAUUUGCACAGAGGCAAUGAAUGUAGUGUUGCUGUGAAGGGAAAAUAGGCCACAGUUAAAGAAAACCCUCCAUCUCACCAAAUGUGUAUUGUUAAUGUCAAAUGCAAAUGUGAAAACCUAUUUUAAAUUAAGAUCUUCUUAAUUUAGCUAGAGUAUUACAUCCUGCCAUUCCUUGCAAUGUACUUUGUUCUUUUAAAGGGGGAAAUGAAUGUAGUGGGGGAGACAUGUUUGAAUUUGGGUAUAUUGCUGUGAAUCAGGGAUUUACACACAAAAUAAACAUAUUUGAGAAAAAUGA